ACCUAGGAAAUGACGUCAGUGCGGGGAAUAUGGCGUCUGCAGUGUCUAUGGACUCUACAGACAAACAGUAUAUUGAUAUCAUGUUAAAAUAACGACUAAUUAAAGCCGCGGUGGAAUUGUAAAUGGACGAUAAGGAAUCUUCGGCCAUGUUUUUUUAUUGUCCUUUUUCUUGAUCUCGGAUAUAAACCCGCAACACAUGUCAGAAGAAGCCAGGUCUGCCUGGUCAAAGAGGGGUUGUGGGGACUUGCAGCGCCGAGAUCAGGGCAAACAUAAACAGAGGAAAUGUGAGCGUCCCCUCAGCCUGCUGUCAGCUAAGUUCGAGACUGGCCUCGAGGCCCCCAAAAGGUGUGUGAUGUCGGCGGGGGAGGUGGAGAUGUACCUGUCCCAGGUGCAUGAUGGGAGCGUGUCCUCAGGGUUUCGGGCGCUCUACGAGGAGAGACUCCUAUUGGAUGUCACACUGCUCAUAGAGGAACACCACUUCCAGGCUCACAAAGCCCUGCUAGCGACCCAGAGUGACUACUUCCGGGUCAUGUUCACAGCAGACAUGAGAGAGCGAGACCAGGACAAGAUCCACAUGAAGGGGUUAACAGCUGCCGGCUUCGGCCACGUACUGAGGUUCAUGUACUACGGUUCACUGGAGCUCAGCAUGGUCACUGUGCAGGAGAUACUACAGGCAGCCAUGUACGUCCAGCUGACAGAGGUGGUAGAGUUCUGUUGUUCCUUCCUGCUGUCUAAGAUCUGUCUGGAGAACUGUGCUGAAGUGCUGAGGCUGCUGGAGGACUUCAGUGUGGGGGUGGAGGGUGUGCAGGAGCAGCUUGACAACUUCCUGCUGGAGAACUUUGUUCCUCUGAUGAGCAGACCUGACUUCCUGUCCUACCUCAGCCUUGAGAGACUGCAGGCGUACCUGGACAGUGAUGCCCUGAGUCGCUUCCCGGAGAUAGAGCUUUAUGAGUCUGUCCAGGCCUGGCUACGACACGACCGCCGCCGCUGGAGACACACAGACGCUGUCGUCCAGUCUCUACGCUUCUGUCUGAUGACUGCUGCUAACGUCUUCGAGAAGGUGAAGACGUCAGAGUUCUAUCGUUACUCUCGACGGCUGCGUCAGGAGGUGGACCAGGCUCUCGGCUACUUCCACGACGUCAACGAGCAGCCACUGGUCGAAACGCGGUCCAACCGCAUCCGCUCAGUCCGACCACAGACCGCCGUGUUCAGGGGCAUGAUCGGACACAGCAUGGUCAACAGCAAGAUCCUACUGCUGCACAAACCCAAGGUGUGGUGGGAGUUGGAAGGUCCCCAGGUCCCUCUCCGUCCAGAUUGCUUGGCCAUCGUCAACAACUUUGCCUUCCUGUUGGGUGGGGAGGAGCUAGGGCCUGACGGGGAGUUCCACGCCUCCUCUAAAGUCUACCGUUACGACCCCCGCCAGAACUCCUGGUUACGCAUGGCCGACAUGUCUGUACCCAGGUCAGAGUUUGCAGUGGGGGUCAUUGGUAAGUACAUCUACGCUGUUGCUGGCCGGACGCGGGACGAGACGUUCUACUCCACGGAGCGCUAUGACAUCACGGCGGACCGCUGGGAGUUUGUGGACCCGUACCCGGUCAACAAGUACGGUCACGAGGGCACAGUCCUAAACGGUAAACUCUACAUCACAGGAGGAAUCACAUCCUCAUCCACCUCCAAACAGGUGUGUGUGUUUGACCCUGGGCGAGACGCAGGGGGAGGGGUGUGUUUAGCGGGCUCGGGGGGAGCAGGAACGACGGACACACACAGGACACGCUCAGCUCGCACCCCCAUCCUCCCCAGCACACACACCAGCUGCUGGGAGAACAAGUCGAAGAUGAACUACGCUCGCUGCUUCCAUAAGAUGAUCUCCCAUAACGGGAAGCUGUACGUGUUCGGGGGGGUGUGUGUGAUCCUCCGGGCGUCAUUCGAGUCGCAGGGCUGCCCAUCCACAGAGGUCUACGACCCUGAGACAGAUGAGUGGACCAUCCUGGCGUCGAUGCCCAUCGGGCGCAGUGGGCACGGUGUGGCGGUGCUGGACAGACAGAUCAUGGUGCUGGGGGGCCUCUGCUAUAAUGGACACUACUCUGACUCCAUCCUCACUUUCGACCCAGAUGACAACAAGUGGAAGGAAGACGAGUAUCCCAGGAUGCCUUGCAAACUGGACGGGCUGCAGGUGUGCACUCUACACUUCCCUGAGUACGUCCUGGAGCACGUCCGGCGCUGCAGCUGAGGUUCCGCUGUCUGCCGCUGUGUCAGGGGUCCUGGGUUUGAUGACGGGGACUGCAGCUGUCCUGGCCGCUAGAGAGGUCAAGGAGAAACUGGCAGCUCUGAGUCACAGUAUUGAAGAGCUCCCGUCCCUCUACACUACUCCAGAGCCCCAGCUCAAGUAAGUGGAGUCAGAGGCGGGGCCAGUGGAACAGGGUGUGGCCGAGCUGAGGAAAUGGGCUGAGCCUUUCACUGACCAGUGUCAGGUAUACCUCUUCCUCAGCGAUGAAACGGGUCUGGUUGCCCUGGAGAAAGCAGAGGAAGUCUACAGGAUUGUAGAGCCCACUGUGAGCACCUCCAUCAGGACAGUGAGAGGUGAGGAGACACACAUCAUCCUGAUACUUUCAUUUACAUGCCAUAUUAUGGAUGCAUACUUAAUUGUGUUCUCAGACUCUCUCUCUCACACACACACACACACACACACACAGAGACGUACGAGUUCCUCAAAGAUCCUCCUCCUGACCUCUAUCCCAGAGUCGGGGUGGUUGGCUUCUCUGGCUUCCUAGGCCUGUACCUGGCCAAAGGUAAUGUGCACACGCACAGACAUUUACAGUGCCUUCAGAAAGUAUUCACACUCCUUGACUUUUUCCACGUUAUGUUGUUACAAAGUGGGAAUCAACUGGAUUGAAUUGUCUUUUUUUGUCAACGAUUUACACACUACUGUAAUGCCAAAGUGGAAGAAAAAUUCCAACAUUUGUAAAAAAAAAUAUAUAUGAUGUUUUUAUCUUGCUUAGAUAAGAAUUCAACCCCCGGAGUCAAGACAUGUUAGAAUCACCUUUGACAAACAUUUUCAGGUCUUGCCAUUGAUUUUCAAGCAGAUUUAUGUCAAAGCUGUAACUGCCAAUCAGAAAAUGGGAUAUCAAAAAGAAAGGAGGACCAAGGCACUCUACAUAUAAUUAAUUAAAAUGCCUUUAUUUGUAUGGCAUGUUCAAUAGAAACAAAGUUUUUUUUAAAUCCAACGUGUUUCGGUGUAUUGUGUGUAGGCCAGUGACCAAAAAAAUCUAAAAUCAAUUUUAAAUUCAGGCUUUAACAUAACAAAAUGUGGAAAAGGUCAAGGGGUGUGAAAACCGUACCAGUACCAGUCUCUCUAGGUUCCAGGGUGAAGAGGCUGGUGUUUCCUGUAGGGUUGAUGGCUCUCAGUGCUUCCAUGUUCUACCCCCAGCAGGCUGCCUUAGCCAAGGUCUGUGUAUGUAGGGGGUUCAAUGUUAGUGUGUGUCUUCCACCCCUUUCCCUCUCUCCCCCCAACAGGAAGGGCUGUGGUUUCCUGUAGGGAGUUCUGGCUGUGAGGUAAGCAUGUGUGUGUGGGGAAGGUAUGUGGUUAAUAGUCUGCCCUUUCAUUUUAAAGCGGUGUCCCAUGCUGUUGUGUAGAAGUCUGGGAUAUUUUGGGUCUGUUUUAUGUGGUUGUCUGAGAGACACCCAGAGAGGAUACAGGUGUGUAUGUAUGUGUGUGCACCAACACAGCCAGAUCAGACAGACAGGAAGGAUGAUAGAAGAGGGAGUAAUUAUAGAAGCAGGAUAGGAAAGUGAUGAGUAGACAGCAGAUGAGAGUGAGGAUGGAAAGCUGUGACCUCUGACUGGGGUAAUGGAUGUAGUUUUGUGAGUUAUGAUCAGUUGAAAUCAAAUACAAUUUUUUUUUUUUUUUUGUUAACCUUUAUUUAACCAGUCAAGUCAGUUAA